UCAGUAAACCUGCUCGGUGCAGACUCCCACGUGCUGAGUGGACUGCGGCUCUCUCUCUCCAGCGGCUCUGCGUCCGCCCGCGCCGCUCACACUUCGUCCGCGCGCCCAGCCGCGAGUCCCGCCGUCCCGCGCUGAGAGGGCCGGCUGCUUUUUUCUUUUUUUUGGGAAGGGGGACCUGCCGUCGCCGGCCACAGAGACAGUCCUUGUCCCGAGGGGACCGCGCUGACGGGACGCUCCUCUUUCAAAAAAAAAAAACCAUGAGCACCUGCAGGAAGAGAUGCAAGAGGCAGAUCCUGAAAUUCGCCCAGUACGCUUUCAGGGUAAUCACCGGCACGCUCAACAACGACAGCGUAGACGAUGAGCUGGAGCAGUCCAUGGUGCGCCAUCGCCCGGAGGCUCUGGAGCACUUGGAGGCAGAGACCAAGUUUACAAAGAAGGAACUUCAGAUCCUCUACAGAGGGUUCAAAAAUGAAUGUCCGAGUGGAAUCGUUAAUGAAGACACUUUUAAAAGCAUCUACGCUCAGUUCUUCCCCCAGGGAGAUGCAUCGAGGUAUGCACAUUUUUUGUUCAAUGCAUUUGAUACAGAUUACAAUGGAUCUGUGAGUUUUGAGGAUUUUGUCAUGGGCCUCUCUAUCUUGCUAAGGGGCUCAGUGCAGGAGAAGCUGAACUGGGCCUUCAAUCUAUAUGACAUCAACAAAGACGGAUAUGUGACUAAAGAGGAAAUGCUGGACAUCAUGAGAGCCAUUUAUGACAUGAUGGGGAGAUGUACGUAUCCGAUGCUUAAGGACGAGGCCCCCAGACAGCACGUGGAGCUGUUCUUCCAAAAAAUGGACAAAAAUCAGGAUGGAGUGGUAACCAUAGAUGAGUUCAUUGACUGCUGCCAAAAAGACGAAAAUAUAAUGAGGUCCAUGCAGCUGUUUGAGAACGUCCUGUAACUCGGGCCGAACAUGGAGUCCUGCAAUGGCGGCAUCCUCAUCCUUCAGCGAACGCAGUACUUCCCAGGACCCUCCACGCAGUAUUGAGAGACAGCGUUGUGUGUGGCGGUGCGUUUCCUAGCGUUUUAUGCAAACUGUGCUCGUUCGACCGCUCACACAUACAAUAUGCUGUAUAUAUUUUUGAACAGUAUGCUUCGUUUUAGAAAUUUUUGGAGAAAGGCACAUUUUGUUAUUCUAGCAUUUUUAAAAAUAGGAAGAAACAAGAAUUAAACAACUGUUGAUUGUAAACUUGUAUCAUUUUUGUCCUGUUCUUAUUAUCAUCAGCUUCUUUCAUUUUAUUUAUUAGUUUUUAAAAAUCCAAUUUGUGUAUAUAUCACUCUUAAUGACAUACUGUCUUUGCUUUAAAGAAUUAUGUCUUAGGAAGACUUUCCUGCAUUCGUUUGACAUUUGUUCUUACAAUUCGACUUACAAGUAAACUGAAGCAUUACACUUUUUCUUCACAAACUCAGUCUGUUGAGCAAGUGUUAGUGAUUGUUCAACUCGCCACACCAUGUGUGUAUGUAAAGAAUAUAAGGAAUUAUUGCUUUCAACUGCUAGUCAAACUUAAGAAAAAAAAAAGUUGACUGAAUCUCAGCCUUUAUUUAAUUCUACAUUUGGGCUAAAUAUUUCAGAUUUGGGACACGUUUGACUAUCAGUUCAGUAACCCAAGCAACUCUCAGGCCGUACUUUGAUAUUUCAUCUGUUAUUGAAAAUCUUACGCCACAUUGAACAGCAGCAUUAUGGACAGAGCUUCAUUGCGAAGGAGAGUUAUUUUAUUUAGCUGUCACUUUUAUCUUUCUUUUUUCUCUAAGAUGGACAGAUCACCACAACCUACAAUCUCCCAUAAAUCAAGCAAUCGCCCCUGACAGAUUACUGUGUAAGACAAGUGUAUAAUACGAAACAAAUGUAAAUAGCAUUGUAUGAUGUAUGAGUGAGUUGGAUGACAGUUUGUUUAUUUGCCAAUCAUAAUAGGUCAUGCUGCUCAGCAAGUCUUCAUAACAUCAUAAAACACACUGCAUUUCUGCAUACUUUGUAUUUCAUAAAUGACGCCAGUGCUUUAUUAUAACUUAUGCAGAGCAACAUGGGUAGAAUAUGAAUCACAUACAAUAACAUAUUCUAUGCUGCUGUAUAAAUGCUUUUUAAUGCAGAAUUUUCUAAAGCUAAAGGUUGUGUAUAUGAUGUAAGCCUGAUCCAACAUCCUGUUAUAGAUCAUAUGCACUUUCUGUUUAAUUUCAAGUCUUCUCAGAUAUGGGAGUGUAGGUUUAAACAGAAGCACACAGAUCCAGUAGUAUUUACCUCAAAUAUGCAGUUUUAACAUGAUAUUCUGUGAUGCUACUCAAGGAGAUAAAAAUGUCUAAAUGUUUCUAUUGUGACUGGAUGCAAGUUAUUCAUAUUUAUUCCUUUAUGAAAUGCUUUCAUCCAUAAUUUUCAGUGCUUUUUGCUCUCUGCAUUGCAUGGUAAGUGAAACUGGACUUUUAAACUACUGAACAAAAUGACAUUGUACACACACAGGAAACAAGGACAGAAAAUGUACAGUGUUAUUUCUGUAAUAUGACAUGGGGGACAAGAUGCGUGUUUUUUUAUUGUCUUGUGAACCAAUCAUUAAAACUAUUUAACAAAGA